AUGGAUCCCGUUUCGGUGCCGGUGGGCCUCGUCGCGGGUCUCGUUCGGCUAAUCGACACGACAACAAAGGUCAUUAGAUAUGUGAACGACGUCAAGGAUGCCCCUUCUGAGCGGGCCCAUCUAGCUCGGCACUCGUCGAGCCUUCUGGCACUGUUGACCGACCUGAGAUAUCGGGUCGAGGAAGCCAAGUCCGCCUUGGAGCCAUGGUUUGUGGCCGUCCGCAGCCUAGGGGUUCAAGGAGGCCCGCUGGAUCAGCUACGAGAUCGAAUGGAACGGCUAGCGACGAAACUUGAACCAUCGACUGGUCAGCUUAGAAGAGCGGGAAUGCUUUUCACCUGGGCGCUUGACAAGAAAGAGAUCGACGAAGUACUCGCGCAGAUUGAGCGAGUCAAGACGCUUGUCAUGCUCGCUUUGCAGAGCGAUCAAUUGCAAGUCCCUCUUUUAGUAGGCAGCUUCGCGUGGUUUCUUGCAUUGCUGAUGUCUUGUCAAGCAAGCUUGCCUUGGCAUUGA